AUUUGCAGUUCUCUAGUGUUACAUGUGGUUUAGCAUCUUAACUUGCCCUGUCAGUCAUUUGAUGAAAUGUGUAUUUGGGAAUUUGCCCACUUCUUAAUUGGGUUGUCUUCUUGUUGAGUAUUAGGAGUUCAUAAUAGAUUUUGGGUAGCACUGUUUUAGCAAAUAUUGUCUCUAAUCUGUGGCUUAUCUUGUUGUUCUCUUAAAAUUGUUUUUUACAGAAAGAGUAGACAAUUGAAACCCAGCUUGUUGAUGACUUUCAAGGAUUGCUGCUUCGGUGGGGCAUCUCAGUUCUCCCCUGCCCAGGGCCAUUUACGUUUUUUUCCUGUGAUUUUGCACAGGAGUCUCUGAUGCAUUUGAGUUAAUUUGGGGAAAAGAUUAAGAUCUGGGCCUGGUGUACUGCUUACUGAAGGCUCAGAGCUGAGUCUCCCCAGGAAUUGCCUAAGCCAGAGAGGGAGUUGCUGUGUCUGUGAUUCUUACAUUCCCACCUAGCAGAUGCCUUAUGGCUGAUGAGCAAGGGCACACAUGUUGGGGUUUUGAUGUUGCUGGCCUGAGUGAGCCCCUUGCCUCAGUUUAGGAGAUUUCGGAAGGGAUUGGCCAAGGACUGUCAUGCAAGAACAGCGUUGGAGCUCUGCGCAGUCCCGCUUCCUUCACCUUCUUUGCUGCACAGCCUCCCUUUGCUGCAGGCUUCUGUCUUGGAGACUUCCUUACAGACCCAGUCCAGCACUGUGUUUUUAUUUUACCUUCUUGAACUAGUAGAAUAUUUUUUUUUCUUUUUUUUAGUUUUCAAGACUUGCAUAAAAUGAUUACUAGUUCCCUCACUAACUUGAAAUCUUUGAGCUCUGGGAUAUUUACAUGGCAUUUUUCAAGCCAGUAUUUUUAUAAGAAAUUAAAGAAUGCAUAGAGGAGUCUACUAUGGCUCAGGAAUCUCCCAAAAAUUCAGCAGCAGAAAUUCCCGUGACCAGCAACGGGGAAGUUGAUGACGCCCAUGAUCAUGGCUUUAAUAGGGAUUUGAAGCGUUCAUUACCAUCUGGACUUGGUCUCUCAGAAACCCAAAUUACAUCUCAUGGCUUUGACAAUACCAAAGAGGGGGUUAUUGAAGCAGGAGCGUAUCAAGGUUGCCCAGCACCACCGUUGCCAUCUGUUAUGUCUCCUAGCAGGGUAGCUGCUAGUCGCCUGGCUCAACAAGGAAGUGACUUAAUUGUUCCUGCAGGUGGUCAGAAAACGCAGACAAAAAGUGGACCAGUUAUUCUAGCAGAUGAGAUUAAAAAUCCCGCAAUGGAAAAGUUAGAACUUGUUCGAAAGUGGAGUCUAAAUACUUACAAGUGUACUCGACAAAUUAUCUCUGAGAAGCUAGGCCGUGGCUCAAGAACUGUGGACCUUGAACUUGAAGCUCAGAUUGAGAUAUUAAGAGAUAACAAGAAAAAAUAUGAAAAUAUCCUAAGACUGGCUCAGACAUUGUCAACCCAGCUUUUCCAGAUGGUGCAUACCCAGAGGCAACUUGGAGAUGCAUUUGCUGACCUGAGUUUGAAGUCACUAGAACUCCAUGAAGAAUUUGGCUAUAAUGCAGAUACACAGAAGCUUCUAGCUAAGAAUGGAGAGACACUUCUUGGAGCUAUUAAUUUUUUCAUUGCCAGUGUGAACACUUUGGUGAAUAAAACAAUUGAAGAUACGUUGAUGACCGUAAAACAAUAUGAAAGUGCCAGGAUUGAGUAUGAUGCGUAUCGUACUGAUCUGGAAGAACUGAAUCUUGGACCACGUGAUGCAAACACUCUGCCAAAGAUUGAACAGUCGCAGCAUUUGUUCCAAAUACAUAAGGAAAAAUAUGACAAAAUGCGUAAUGAUGUUUCUGUAAAGUUGAAAUUCCUGGAAGAAAAUAAGGUGAAAGUGUUGCACAAUCAGCUGGUCCUUUUCCACAAUGCCAUUGCCGCUUACUUUGCUGGGAAUCAGAAGCAGCUUGAGCAGACACUUAAACAGUUCCAUAUCAAAUUGAAAACGCCUGGAGUGGAUGCCCCAUCGUGGCUGGAAGAACAGUAAAACCACACCUGGAGAAGAACGUUGUACUGUUGUGUUUCUAAACAAACCUAGCAAGAAUUAGGCAGAACUGGGGCAAGUGAGGAGGGGUGACAGUCAUUGUAGUUAUUCUUGCACAACAACUUUCGUUUUACCCUUUUGUCACACUAACGAUUGAACUGCUAGAUUUGAUGGGAAGGUGGGCGGUUUUAAUGUAAACCUAAUUUCUAUAAUCUGAACACAAUAAUUGUCCCUUUUGAAAUCCAUUGGUAUCGUGAGAGUUGAUGGCUAUUUCUGUAGUUUGAAAACAUCUAAUAUAGAUUUGCACUGACAAGACAGAACUGCAAGGAUUUGGCCCCAAAAGUGCGGGCCAGCUGCAACUUUUGCAAAAGGAAGGUUUACAUAAUUUGUAUCAAUGUCAGAUAUUUUAUAUAUGAAUAUUUUAGACAUCCUUAAGAGAUUCAUUUUCAUGUAUUGUCUUAAAGAGAAAAACUAUUUUGCAGAGGAAAGUUCUAUGGUGUUCCUGCAGCAUUCACAGGGGGCUGGCAGCUGUAAGGAAUGACUGAUUGGCUUGUAGGAAUGUAGCACAUAUCCUUCCAGAAAUGAACCCAUACUGUUGUAAUUUUGUUUAGACUUCUUUUGAAGAUUCAGGAAUCGUACAGUUGUUUCUGGGAGGCUCUUAAGAUUAGGAAUUUGUGAACCCAAAAGCCAUUGGGCAGUUAUAUUAGCAAUUUUUUUGAUUUAUAAUGAAAACUGCCUGAUAUAAUUUUGUUUUCUUUUUGUACCAGGUGGACUUGGGGAUGGAAAUUGUUGAUGAUUUCUGGAGUGGGAGUCAUCUCAGAAAGCUAAUGUUUGGGUAAAUUCCAUGUUGACGGAAGUGAAUUCCUAGACAGCUUUCAUUGACAUAUGUAACAAUACCGUUUAAGCCUUAAAUCACAGAUAUGUGCCUUCUCAGAUAGAGUAAUUCUCGGCAACCAAUGUACAUAAUCCAUUUAAAAAACCCUCUCAGAUAAUGUUUGAUGUGUCUGUCGCUCCCUUGCAGAGGAGCACUGUUUAUAAAUGUUGUAUUUCAUUAUACUCAAUAAGCCACAUUUGAAGUUUAUGGUAAAAUCAGCUUUUGAGUUUCAUGUUUGGUUUUUUCUUCAUUCCUUCUGAGGAAUGGGAAGGCCCUAAGAGUUUUUUUUUUCAUGUGAGCAAUGGAAAAAUAAUGUUGGACAGGUAUGUCACGAGAAGAAAGGGGAGUGGCAAGCCAAUAAGUGCUGUUCCAGUGCUCAGCAUGCUUGGUUUUGUGUCAUCUGGUUGGUCUGUCGCUGUGACGUUCAGUAACGUGAUAGUUUUUCAGUGUAAAAUUCAUUUGAUUUUUGUCAUAGGUAUAAAUUAAUAUUUUGGGAGAUAACGCUUCACCUGUUCAUUUUGUGUUAAAAUUACUGUUAUACAUGAACUCUGUGAACUGUAAGAUUUUGUUACAUAUGUUCAGAUGCCUUUUAGAUGGCUUUUUCAUUAAUAUACCUGUCUUGAGUGCUUAAUACAAUGUAAUGUGAUUGUAAAUCAUAAACCUAUUUUAAAUCAUUCCCUCCUGUAUAUUUGUACUCUGAGAGAGCCUUAUUUUAUUCUUGCAGCGGAGUUAAUACUUGUGAUAGUUCAUUUACAUUCCCCAGACUGUGCCUCUGGUGUGAAUUUUGUAUUCUUAUUAAAAGUGUUUGCUGCAGUA